GUUGUUUGGGGCCAUAUGGGUUUUGCGCUUUCCUUGGGUGUUUGAGAGUGCAAAGGUUUUUGAGUGUUUUUGGAUUGUGAAGAUGAGUUCCGGGGUUGGGAUCAGUCCUGGAAAUGUUCCAGUGUACCAUGGGAGCAAUUUGAAGGGGGUUGAUCGGAAGGUGAAGAUUGCAGAGGUGGUCUUGAGGUGUAUCAUAUGUGGGCUGGGGGUACUUGCAGCUGUUCUUGUGGGAACUGAUACCCAAGUCAAGAGGAUCUUCUCUAUUGACAAGAAAGCCAAAUUCACAGACAUGAAAGCUUUGGUGUUAUUGGUGAUAGCUAAUGCAAUAGCUGCAUCUUAUUCCCUCAUUCAAGGCCUGCGGUGUAUAGUCAGCAUGCUUAGAGGGCGUGUUUUGUUCAACAAGGCAUUGGCGUGGGCCAUAUUUUCAUGUGAUCAGGUACUGGCAUACUUUACGUUGGCUGUGGUGGCCGCCGCGGCCCAGUCGGCGGUGCUGGCAGAGCUGGGCCAGCCAGAGCUUCAAUGGAUGAAAAUAUGCAGCAUGUAUGGGAAGUUCUGCAAUCAGAUAGGGGAAGGCAUUGUGAGCUCGAUUGUGGUUAGCCUGAGUAUGGUCACAAUCUCCGGUGUAUCUGCUUUCAAUCUCUUCCGUUUGUAUGGAAAUAACAAAGGCAAAGGCAGUGGACGGUGGUAGGUACUUCCCUU